AUGCUACGCAUUCUUCCUCGUAUUGGCAAUUCCCUACGUAAUUCGUCUCGCUCUCGCGCACUUUCCACCACUCCAGCGGCUGAUGGCACGUACACUGUAACUCUAUUCCCAGGUGAUGGCAUCGGCCCUGAGAUCUCUGAAUCAGUCAAGACAAUUUUUGCAGCAGCUGAGGUUCCCGUCAAGUGGGAAACACAUAUAAUCGAUGUCCAAGCUGUGAAGCCAGGGGACGAUCUCGUCAGCAAGGAUGCUCUUGAUUCCGUUCGCAGGAACGGCUUUGGACUCAAGGGUCCCAUGGCCACUCCCAUUGGGAAAGGCCAUCGAUCACUUAAUCUUACCUUGCGGAAGGAGCUCGGUUUGUAUGCCAACGUUCGGCCAUGUGUCAGUAUGCCGGGUGUCGACACACUCUAUAAAGACGUCGACGUUGUGACUGUGAGAGAGAACACUGAAGGCGAGUACAGCGGCUUGGAACAUAUUGUUUAUCCAGGCGUUGUCGAAAGCUUGAAAGUCAUCACGCGGGAUGCUUCCAUAAGAGUCUGUGAAUAUGCUUUUCAGUAUGCGAAGAAUAACAACCGUAAGAAGGUCACAGCCGUUCACAAAGCAUCAGUAAUGAAAAUGUCAGAUGGCCUAUUUUUAGAAUGUGCCCAGGAAGUCGCCGAACGACACAAGGACGAAGACAUUGAGUUUCAGACUUUGCUCAUUGACAAUGCUGCAUCAUUCCUAGUAUCCAACCCUUCGCUUAUAGAUGUUAUGGUCAUGCCCAAUUUAUAUGGAGACAUCAUUUCCGACCUAUGCGCGGGUCUCAUUGGCGGUCUUGGUCUGACUCCUUCUGGCAACAUGGGAGAGGGAUGCAUGUUAGCCGAAGCGGUGCACGGCACUGCGCCGGACAUUGUUGGACAGAACAGGGCCAAUCCAACUGCACUACUCAUGAGCGCUUUGAUGAUGCUCAGGCACAUGGAUCUUCAUGACAAGGCUCAGCUUAUUGAAAAGAGUGUGCACAAGGUUCUUAGAGACGGCAAAGUUAGAACAGGCGAUAUUGGUGGAUCUUCCACUUGCACUGAGUACACCGACGCCAUAAUGCGAGAAAUGGAUGCUCUGCGCGAGUGA